CACUGGUUUAUCAGUUGCACGGCCGUGACAAGAAAAGCAAGCCGGCUACAGGUCACCGUACUGGCAAGUCUCUUAACAACCUGUUGCUCUCCUGGGCACCCCCACUCCCUUCCCUUUGCCUCACUGCUUCCUUUACACAUGUAGGACUAAGAUUGAAGACGCUGAGGACUCUGGGAGCCGUAUUAUGCAGAUCUGCAGGUUCAUACAAAAUAGAGAGAAGAUGAUGAGGCACUGUCAGAGUGAGCUGCUUUGUGGCAAAGCUGUCCAAGACCGAUCUGCUAGCUGCAGGCACCCUUCUGCCAUCUUGACCAUCAAUGAAGGCAGAGACAAUCACGAGCUUCCUGCCUCUAUGCACGGCUGUGGGGGACAUAGCACUGAUCUGAAGGAAGAACAACAGCAAUUAAGAAAAAAGAUCAACAGUAGAGAGAGGAAAAGGAUGCAAGAUCUAAACCUGGCCAUGGACGCUCUCCGGGAAGUCAUCUUGCCUUACUCCGCAACCCACUGUCAAAGCUCACCUGGGAGAAAACUGUCCAAGAUUGCCACGCUACUAUUGGCCAGGAAUUACAUACUGCUGCUUGGCAGCUCCCUGCAAGAGCUAAGGAGGCUCAUUGGAGACAUGAGUGGCCCAGGGCCCAGGUUGCUGCUAGCUGGCUUGCCCCUUUUUGCUGCACCUGGAUCCAUGCUCGUAGCCCCAGGGACAAGCAGUAAUCCAGACCCUCAGCACAGUAACAAGUUCCACUCUCUGUCCUUGGAGGAACAGCAGUGCUCUGCCUACAAUCUGCCCGGGAGUGCCAGCAUUUGCGCCUGUACCCUCUGCAGGUUUACUCACUUUAUUCCAGGCAGCCUCAGUAUCAAAGCUAUACAGUUUUCCAAGUAAAUAAUAGGGUUCUAGACUAGAAAGACUGGGAAUAUGGUCAAGGCAAGAAUUGAACUCUGGACUCUUGAGGAUAAGCAAUGCCUCAUGAUAUGACUAUUCAAGCAAUAGUGGGGGAAGAUUCAUGUAUGGACAAUUUGCAUUGUGGUUCUGUGGUAAGGGAACAAGAGCUCACCCCUUUCUGUAUAUUCUAUUGGUAAUAUAAUAUCAUCUACCCACAGAGAUAUAGAGAAUCCUAUACCCUCUAUGGAAGAGUAUACAGUUAGGCAUAUAAAGGAGUUCUGUGGCCAAGUAAAGGGCCAAGGCUGCUAGCCAAGGGCUUUUACAGGUGACUAAUAUACCUUAAUGGAGGGUAUACAUUAUUUCUUUUAUAGACACAAUUUAGUGAGUAAAUACCAUUUUUAUGGGGCUAUGAUUAAAAAUAGAUGUGUGUACAUAAUGCAUAGAAUACCAUAGGACUUGGGGAGUCUGUUCUUACUGGAAAGCUUUAGUAAUGACUAAACCAGUCCUUUAUUCUGUCUUUAAAUUUACCCAGCAGAGAGUGCCUUCCACUGUAUGGCACAACUAUAAGCCAACCAAUUAUUUAUAUCUACCCCAAACUGCUACCCAGAUGGCACAAACAAGGCAGUUGGGAAAUAGCAGUGACAGCAUUUUAUUGUGGUCCACUAACUUGAGGUAACCAAUCAGCAGUUAGACAAUUGCAGUUAGAAUACUGGAGGCUAAUAUCUGAUUGGUUGCUGUGGGAUACUAGACCAUCUUACCAAUAUAAUGACCCAUCCCUGCUGAGUGCAGCAGUGUAGCAACAGCUUGGGGACUGCUUGCAUGACACCCCUGACAUAUUGAUGGUAUAAUCCUAUUUCCAGUGAGAGAAUAGUACUGGAAAAUGUUCCGUUGUUGGGUGUGUUGCUCAUCUGUUCGUUGCACAUGUCCGUAUUGUGUAACAGAUUAUGAAUGAGCGAGCCUUACUAACUCAGGAGGUAUCCUAUGAACUCUAUAGACUGUCAGCAAAAUGACUAUUCACUAUUUUUGUAUUGCACUGAUGGGAUUUCUUAAAUAAUGAAUGGUUUGCUAUUAAUGAGACCCCACUGUGAGACCGACUAAAGCAGUUUUAUAGUGUAGUGUAACUACAAGUCCUUUUAUAAUAACUGUUAACAUAAAUCCUAAUGCCUUUGCAGUUUUGUAGUAUAUUUUAAUGUGUCUUUUUACUCUUAUGAUGAUGAUAUCCGUAAAUAAACUGUCUGUUUCUGAACUGUG